AGUAGGAGUUAUAAAAAGUGCAGAUCAGAACCAUGGGCAUCUUAAAACAGAGAGCAUCUUUUAUCAGCACAAUGGCAAGCCACCGACUACACCUGGUCUGUCUUUCCCUGUCUUUACUCCUGUUUCUGGUCUACAGUGAUGAGUCAGUUGGGGUCAGAUCAGCAGAACCAGCAGACAGCAGCCAAGAGGAAAAAGAACUGAUAGAUGCUUUACAGGAGGUACUGGAGAAGCUAAAAAGUAAAAGGAUCCUUCCUCUGGACAAGAAACUAGGAUGGGUGCCAUCGUGUGAUGCUGGUGAGCAGUGUGCUGUAAGGAAAGGGGCACGAAUUGGCAAGCUCUGUAACUGCCCAAGGGGAACUGCCUGCAACUUUUAUAUUUUGAAAUGCUUAUGAGACAGAAGACUGCAACAAGUGUGCAGAAACAGAGGCAAAGAGUGCUCAAGUGCAGCGUUCCAAUCCAGAACCCUGUUUCUUAACAUGAUGCCAUUUAUUCAAUCUUUUGCAUCUGUCAUUGUGGUUUUUCUCGUUUUAAUUUAUUUCAAUAUAAUUUUAAUUUAAAGCUUUUCAGUAUCAUGUGGCAUAAGAGAAGAAAUGAAAAGUUAGCAUAAGAAUUUUUUUAACCCUACUCUCAGGGCUCAGAUUUGGUGGAUAGCCACAGUAAGUUGAACGAUUUACCUGUGCUGCUAUAAGGAUAUCCAUAAAAACAGGUAUGAAAACCUGCCUGCAGUAAAUACCAUGUCCUGUAGAUCUUCUCCUACUGGGUUUGUGCUUUGGUUGGGAAAGCUUGGGUAUGGGAUUAGGAAAUCUGAUAUUUGACUACUUUUGACUAUGCAUGGUGAAUAAUGAAGCAUACUGAGUUCCCAGGACAUUUGUUUGUUCUUUCACUCUUUGAAGAACUUCUUUUUCCUGGCAACCCUUUAUAACAAAUAUAUAAAAAGUGUGUUAUAAUGACUGUGUGAUCAAAGUGAGACAUAAACUUAAGAAAUAACUGGAUAAAAUGAAAUAAUUGUUGUUGGCAACUUAAAAGAAAAUUGCACUCUUUUGUGUUUUAAAAGCAACUGUCAUCAUAUAGUAUAUGGCACUUGAUUGCUACCUUUAAAAGUCACAUAUUUUUUUGAGCUCCUCAUAGCUCCUCUAUGGUCUGUGUUACAAAUAAGCAGUGGUUGUCAUCCUAACAGUCAUUCCCCUGAAGCACAGUAGAAUUAGGGAAGCCAUUCAUGGCCCUGCUAUCACACAGGGAAAUAUAUGCUGCAUCUCCCUGUCAGGAACAUUUUACUCCCAUCAUCUCACUAAUACUAAUCCUUUAAUUAUUGUUGCUAUUAUAGAGAGAAGACCAAAGAAAGUCAGAUUGACAGGUCUUAACUAUUCAUUAAAUAUAAUUUAAUCUCUGGCUAAUGAAAUUUGACACUGACAUUAAGCUAAAUGAAUAUCAUCAUUCUCAAAUGCAAAACAACCCUUGAACGAAUUUCUUAUUCCAUAGUCAUACAGAUGUUUGUGUGUAUUGUAUGAGAUGUCUGUACUAAAUGAUAAAUUAAAAACAAAGAUGUGCUAA